AUGGAGCAAUUAAGAGAAGAAGCAAGAGAAAAGGGCUUAAUGAAGUUUGUUGAAAAGUAUGUUGUUCAAGAAUCAGUGCCUGUACCCAAAAUGUUGGAAGCAUUUGAUAUCUUUAUGCAUCCUAAAGCAGCUGCAUUGGCCUCAGACAUUGAACUCCUGCCUAUCCUAAGAAAUGUAGUGACUCGUUAUUUGCGUAAAAGACGUCGAUUAGAGAAUGUAAACACACUUGAAGAUGUUGCUGAACUAUUAAGCAAGGCAAACAAUAUCAUGAUUGUCACAGGUGCUGGUGUUUCUGUCUCUUGUGGUAUUCCUGACUUCAGAUCUGAAAAGGGCAUUUAUUCUCGAUUACAAGAAUACGAAUUGGAUGACCCACAGCAAAUGUUUGAUAUUGAUUAUUUUAGGGAAAUGCCAGAAAUCUUUUAUACCUUUGCUAAAGAGCUCUAUCCUGCCAAUUAUGAACCAAGUCCAGGCCACCUGUUUGUGAAGCUGAUUGAAGACAAGGGAAAACUAUUGAGAAACUAUACACAGAAUAUUGAUACAUUGGAACACAAGGCAAAUAUCAAGCGAGUUGUAAACUGCCAUGGUAGUUUUGCUACUGCUUCUUGUGUAACUUGCGGAUAUAAAGUAGAUGGCAAAGAAAUAGAAGACUAUAUUAUGGCUCAAACAGUAGCUCCUUGUCCUAAAUGUCAUAUAGAGAAACAAGACACGGAUCAUUAUCCUAGAGGAAUUUCUAUCAUGAAACCAGACAUCACUUUCUUUGGUGAAAGACUUCCCGCAGAAUUCGAUAAUUUGCUUGCAGUAGACACAGACCAAGUGGAUCUGCUGAUUGUGAUGGGUUCCUCACUUAAAGUAUCGCCUGUAUCCGAAAUCAUGUCGCAAAUACCACAUAGUAUUCCUCAGAUUUUGAUUAAUCGAACACCUAUUACGCAUAUGACAUUUGAUAUUCAACUGUUGGGUGAUACAGAUGUGAUUGUGCCUGAAUUAUGCCGCAUGCUUCAAUGGGAUCUAAGACACCCAAAACUGCCUGGCGGUGUGAUGAAAGAGGUUGUUUGA